AUGGGUUCCUGCCCGUCCAAUCAGUGCUUCAUCGAGAAGAAACCAACGGAAGAACGAGGCGUUUUUCGAAUAACAAAAGUAUCUAAGCAGAAAAAAUUGUUUCUUCAAAAAUUGAAAAUCAAAAAUUAUUUUCAAGGUUGCCUUCGAAGGUCGCCACGUACUCUACCAGGAUGUGAGUAUGACCACUUUUCUGACCAUGUCCUCUGUGUCUGUCACGGUCCUUUUUGCAACGAUCACAUCUACAUUCGAGCAAUGGUUCGACGGAAUGUGACUUGCCGAAAAUGUACCGAAAGAGAUCCCGAAUGUGAUGAUAGGUGUCAAGGGCAGUGGUGCCAUGAGGAUAGCACUACCGGAGCGUCAGGAUGCGGCUUCGGUCCGCCAUCAUUGCCGUUUUUCUAUAAAGGACCAGAGUUAUUAUACUAUAGGAAUAAGCUAUGUGUUACUAUUUCAAGAGGUGCUGGAAAGCCGCAUAAGCACUGUAUCUGCAAUACAAACAUGUGCAAUGGUUUUGUGAAGCCAAUUGGACGAUAUCAAAAUUCUAUGGCUAGAGAUACAGCAUUGCGAUCGAGAUCAUUAGCGUUAAGUGCUGCCGACCCUACACUACCUUUGCGAACAUGUGUAAAUUGUGAAAUAAAUUCACACGAUGGCACAUCUGUCACAUCGUCAUGCAAGCAAAACAAAUGCUAUGGUCACUUCUGCACCUAUGCCUCACAGCGACAUUUGAGCCAUGGCAUGGGACGGUCAGGAACUGUACAAAUUGUUAGCGAAAAGCAAGGAUGUAUUAAUGUGACCGACAGUUCACAGAUACAGAUCGGUUGCUCAAGAAAAUGGAUGCACAACGAGUAUGAAGAGGUGUUGUGUGCAUGUGAAACGGACAACUGCAACAGAGACGACACUACAGCUUCAGCGAAGACUUCUUCCAUAUAUCUUGUUCUUAUUGUCACCACUUUGAUCUACAACUUACUUCGAAUAUCUUGA